ACCAUGUCCUCCUUGCUGGAGAUCAAGAGCAGCGUGCUCAGGCAGGUGCAGGUCUGCCCGUCCUUCCGCCGGAGGACUGAGGAGGAGCCGGGGAGCGCCAGUGCUGACCCGCAGGAGCCCGCCACGGGGGCCUGGAAACCAGGGGAUGGCGUGGAGUUCUUCACCCAGAUGCGCCUCAUCCUGAAGAAGGAGGAAGGCAGACGGAGCUUGCCAUGCCCUGAGGUCCUAUUGCGCAGCAGCUCACCAGCCCCCACCGAGCCUGUGGACCCCAACCGUGGCCUGAGAGCCCUGACCCAGGAGGAGGUAGAGAUGCUCUAUGAGGAAGCCUUGUACACCGUCCUCUAUCGAGCAGGAACCAUGGGCCCCGACCAAGUGGACGACCAGGAGGCCCUGCUGAGCUACCUUCAGCAGGUGUUUGGCACCAGCCCUGAGGAGCAUGCAGAGGCCAUUGAGAGAGUGAAGAAGGCCAAGGCCCCCACAUAUGCCCUGAAAGUGUCCGUCAUGCGUGCCAAGAACCUGCUGGCCAAAGACCCCAAUGGCUUCAGUGACCCGUACUGCAUGCUGGGCAUCCUGUCGGCCUCGGGCACCCCGCGGGAGCCAGGCCCACACAAGGAGCAGCGCUUCAGCUUCCGGAAGGGUGCCAAGCGUGGCAGCCCACAGCCAGCGAAGAGCAUCCAGGUCACCGAGGUCAAGAGCAGCACCCUGAACCCUGUCUGGAAGGAGCACUUCGUCUUUGAGAUCGAGGAUGUCAGCACGGACCAGCUGCACCUAGACAUCUGGGACCAUGACGAUGAUGUGUCCCUGGUGGAGGCAUGCAGGAAGCUAAAUGAAGUCAUCGGCCUGAAGGGCAUGGGCAGGUAUUUCAAACAGAUUGUCAAGUCAGCCCGUGCCAACGGGAAGGCGGGGCCCACAGAGGACCACACUGAUGACUUCCUGGGCUGCCUCAACAUACCCAUCUGGGAGGUGCCCGUGGCUGGCGAGGACCGAUGGUUCAAGCUGGAACCACGCUCCAGCGCCUCCCGCGUGCAGGGAGACUGCCAGCUAGUGCUCAAGCUGAUCACCACGCAGAGGGAUACGGGCAUGAGCCAGCGCGGGCGGUCGGGCUUCCUGUCCUAUCUGCUGCUGCUCAGCCGUCUGCUGCAGUUCGAGCACCGAGCCGAGGAGCCCAACUCCAGCAGCUGGCGGGGCGAGCUCAGCGCGCCGGCGGCCACUGUGCUCUGCCUGCACGGCGCUCAAAGCAACCUGUCUGCCCUGCAACUGGCGGAGGAGAGCCUGGCCGACAGCUUCUCUGCCUUCUCCGAGUUCGCGCUGCGGCUGCUGCGCCAGCUGCGGGACUACUUUCCUGCCACCAACAGCACCGCCAUACAUCGCCUGGAGCUGCUGCUGAGGUGUCUGGACAAGCUGCAGCUCUUCCAGCCUUCCUUUGAAGUCUGCCCCUUCGAGACGGAGCUAAACACGGACAUCACUGCUGCCCUGAAAAGAGGAAACCGGGAAUGGUACGACAGGCUCCUGAACGCCAAGAGUCCUCGCGAGCAGCCGGGACCGCAGCGACUUGCUGGGCUGGUGGAGCUGGUUGACGCCGUCUAUGAGGACCUGCAGUCCUGCUACAGCAUCUACGCCAGCCUCUUCCACAGCAUCAUCAAGAUCGACUUCUUCACCCUCACCUUCCGGCAGCUGGAGCGUCUGGUAGCUGAGGAGGUGUGGGUACUGACGGAGGACUUGAGCUCCAAAAUGACCCUCGAGGUGGCGUCCCGGCUCUUCGAGCUCUACCUGUCCCUGGCAGACAUCCAGCGCUUUUGGAGCAGCAUCCUGGGCCGGGACAGCCGCUCCCUGGCCCUGGUCGGCAUCCACGCCCCAUUCCUCCUGCCGUGAAGCUUUGGGCUGCAGGUGCUGCGGGACCAGCCAAAUGGGAGGCUCCCAGGCUGCCUUUUGCCCUUCCAGCUGGAGCCUAUGGAGAACUCCAAGCACAGCAGCUCGGUGGCCACUGCAAGUCUCUGCUUCAGCCACAUCCAGAAGCUGUGGACCUGCUUAGCAUGCCCAGACCCUGUCCAGGCCCAGGGGCUGGGCACCCAGCUUAGCCAGGACCUGUGUGAGGCUGCCCUCUUCUACACUGAGCUGCUGCGGAAGAAGGUGGACACUCAGCCCAGGGCCUCAGGCGAGGCAGUGAGUGAGCCGCUCUGCGUGGUCCUCAACAAUGUGGAGCUCCUGCGCCGGGCGGCUGGCCAGGCACUCCGAGGUCUGGCAUGGCCAGAGGGGGCCGCGGGGCUCACAGGAGGGCUCCCUCGCGCUCUGCUCAACUGCACACAGGCCCUGGACGAGGACCUGCAGCGGGAGGCCUGCACUGUGACGGCGCACCUGACCUCCAAGAUGGUGGGUGACGUCAGGAAGUACGUGCAGCACAUCAGCCUCUCACCUGACUCCAUCCAGAACGAUGAGGCUGUGGCCCCACUCAUGAAAUACCUAGAUGAGAAGCUGGCCCUGCUGAACGCCUUGCUGGAGAAGGAGAACCUGAACAGGGUGCUGGAGGCCCUCUGGGAGCUGCUUUUGCAGGCCAUUCUGCAGGCGCUGGGCACCAACCUUGAUGUCUCUGCCGACUUCUACAGCCGUUUCCACUUCACCUUAGAGGCCCUGGUCACUUUCUUCCACGCAGAUGGACAGGGUCUGCCCCUGGAGAACCUGAGGGACGGAAGCUACAAGAGGCUGGAGGAGGAGCUGCGCCUGCACAAGUGCUCCACCCGCGAGUGCAUUGAGCAGUAUUACCUGGACAAACUCAAGCAGAGGUCACUCGAGCAUAACCGGUGUGGGCGCCUGAGUGUCCGUUGCUACUACGAGGCAGCUGAGCAGCGGCUGGUGGUGGAAGUACUGCACGCUGCUGACCUGCUCCCCCUGGAUGCUAACGGUCUGAGUGACCCCUUUGUGAUUGUGGAGCUGGGCCCGCCGCACUUUUUCCCGCUGGUCCACAGCCAGAGGACCCAGGUUAAGAGCCGGACACUGCACCCGGUGUAUGAUGAACUCUUCUACUUCUCCGUGCCAGCAGAGGUGUGCCGCCGCCGUGGUGCCUGUGUGCUCUUUACGGUCAUGGAUCACGACUGGCUGUCCACCAACGACUUUGCAGGGGAGGCAGCUCUCGGCUUGGGCAGCAUUGGCGGCAUCGUGCGGCCCCAGGUGGGGGGAAGCACGAGGACUGGGCAGCCCAUCACCCUGCACCUGCGCCGGCCCAGAGCCCAGGUGAGGUCUGCACUGAGGAUGCUGGAGGGCCGCACCAACCGGGAGGCACAGGAGUUUGUCAAGAGACUCCGGGAGCUGGAGAAAUUCAUGGAGGCGGACCCAUGAGACCCCUGUGGCUGCGAGCCCCAGAACCCCCCCAAGUCCCCACGGUGUCACCUCACCCUGUGACCAGCUUAGUGCAGCCAGGGCUGUGGUGCCCCCUCCCCUAUGUGGCGUUCGUGCUAUAGCUGGGUCCCCCAGCUCCUGUCUGCCCUGGCGUGUCCAUGUGGUAUGUGCUAUGAACUCCCUGCACCCAGCAAGGACCCCCCUAACCCUGUAUCUGGGCGGCCAACUUGGCGGGGCCUGGCCAGCAGCUACCCGCUGGACAGGGAAUACAGGAAGCCUGGCACCAGGUGAACUUCCCCAGCUGCCUCCUGGAGGUUCCAUUGCCCCCAGGCACUCGAUUCCCAGUGGGAGGGGACUUUAGGUCAUGUUUGGAGACAUUUUUAUUUGUCACGCCUGGAGGUUGAAGGGGAUGCUUCUGGUACCAGUGGACAAAGUUCAGGGAUGCUGCUUAAUAUCUUCCAAUAAACCAGACAGUACUCUCCCCAACUAAGAACGGUCCCUCCCCAAUGUCACCAGUGUUGCAGCCGAGUUGUCUUAGAAGUUGGGGUUGCGGGGAGGGCGCUCACUAGGCUGAGAGGCAGGAAGGCCAGGGUUUGAGUCUGAACAACCCAAACGGAGUGAAGCAGCGCCCAGGCACCAGGUG